GAGAGGAUCCUUGCUGAACUGCUGUAAUCAUGAAGACAGUGAUUUUAAUUGUCCUAAUCAUCUUCACUUUGCUGUCUUCAGGGAAGAAAUUCCGAUGGUGCACCCUUUCUGACCUAGAACAGAGAAAGUGUGCUGAACUGUCCAAAGCACUUAUGGCUGUGCUGCCCCUUGCUACUGUCAAUUCGUUUGCUAGGAUUUCUUGCAUCAGAGCCCACAAUACAUAUGACUGCAUUGAUAAAAUCAGGGUGAAUAAAGCAGAUGCUGCCUCCUUGGAUGCUGGAGAUGUUUACUCUGCAGUAAAGCUGUAUGGUUUGACAGUGGUGGCAAAGGAGAUCUAUGAUCAAGGAAAUUGUGUGUUUGCCGUGGCCAUUGCCAAACGAGGAACUCUGGAUAUCCAGAGGCUACGAGGUGCGCGCAGCUGCCACAGUGGAGCCAGAUGGACAUCAGGCUGGAAUAUUCCACUUGGCUUUCUCCUUGCAAGAAAUGAUCUUUCCUGGGAUGAGGCGCAACCUCUGAGCCAAGUAAUCAGUGAGUAUUUCAAUGCAAGUUGCAUCCCUGGGGUUGGUGUUGCUGCUCCUCGACUGUGUGCUCUCUGCCAAGGACAAAAAUCCUAUGUCAGAGACAAGAACCACUUCUGUGAGACAAGCAGUAACGAACCCUUCUAUGACUCUGAGGGAGCUUUCAGGUGCUUGAAGAAUGGAGUGGCAGAUGUUGCCUUUUUAGAUCAUCUAACUAUUAUGAGUGCCACAGAGUCAGAACAACAGCAAUAUGAACUCUUGUGUCCUGAUGGGACUACAGCUGAGCUGACUGAAUACAGCACCUGUAACUUAGGCAAGGGGCCUGGCCGUGGCAUCAUCACCCGCCAUAACUUCCAGAAAAUCACCAACAAAUUUCUUACCUUGAUCCAACGCCUCUUUGGGCAAAAAGGAAAGGAAAGAGCCAGGUUUGAACUCUUCACUUCAGCACCCUUUGGCGGAAAGAACCUGCUGUUCCGGGAUGCCACUCAGCACCUGCAACUUCUCGAGGAACAGCUAGAAAUUGCCUAUGUCCUUGGUCUGGAUUAUGUAGCUCUUCUUAAGGGACUAGGCCAUGAAGGGAGCUCUUUGGACAACAGUGUUGUGCGCUGGUGCUGCAUCAGUGAUGCUGAGCUUCGCAAAUGUGAGGAGUGGGCACUGAGCAUCAAAUCUGACCCAUUAGUCUGUGUCCAAGCAACUUCCAUGACCAAAUGCAUUGAAAUGAUCAAGAGUAGUGAGGCUGAUGCAGUCACCCUGGACGCAACACAUGUCUACAUUGCGGGGAGGUGUGGACUGGUGCCUGUAGCUGCAGAAUGUUAUGGGGAAGAUUGUGCACCGGCUGCUGAGAGCACGGAGGAAACAGGAAAACUAAUUCAUCUUAAGCGCAAAGCACUGCCACCAGUUUAUGCUGUUGCCCUAGCUAAGAAAAAUGCCAAACAGAUUAACAUCCGUAACCUUAGGGGAAGGCGAUCCUGCCACAGUCACCUGUAUAGUCCUGGAGGAUGGUUACUGCUUUCCAGAUAUACAGUGGGAGCUCUGGAGAAUGAUACUGAGAACUGUGACAUUGGCUCUGUUUAUCAGAAUUACUUUUGGAAGGGCUGCAUGCCAGGAGCAGAUGGAAACCUGUGCAAGGUGUGCAUUGGAGACAGUGAGGUGGAAGGGGCUCGAGUAUCUAGCAGAUGUGCUGCAAGUCACAAUGAACGUUACUAUGGCAAUAUGGGAGCACUCAGGUGCCUAGUUGGCAAUCCCAGUGGAAGAAACUUCGGAGAUGUAGCUUUCAUGGAACACUUUAACCUACUCCAGAACAUAGAGAAUCUGGACAGCUCUGGUUGGGUAAAAGGUUAUACCCCUAUGGACUUUGAACUCUUGUGUCCGGAUGGAACGCGUGCUGCAGUCACAGAAUGGGCAGGCUGUAACCUUGGCCCCAUUCCCCCCAGCGCAGUCAUGACUCGACCGGUGACUGUCACUAAAAUCUAUGACUUUCUAAUGAAAUCCCAGGAAUCUCUGGGAAGCAAACUGGAUUCUGAAUUCCAUCUCUUUCAGUCGUGGAAGUAUGGUGAAAGUGAUCUGCUUUUCAAAGACACUACUCAGUACCUUGUUCAUGCAAGUCACAUGAGCUAUCAGGAAAUUCUUGGAGUGUCUUUCUUUCAACUAGCAGAAUCAGUGUUAAAUUGUACACCUGCAGACAUCUUAGACUUCUGCAAACAGGAUAUCUGUGCAUCCUCAUUGAACUGACAGCUAAUACUGAGGCUUUGCAAGGCUCAUACACCACCAUCAAUGCUGAAAACAUGGAAA